UAAACAGGUUUUACAAAACAAAUUCUCCUCCUCCGCUACUAGAAAGAAGCUUAGCUUGUUAAAAGAAAGAGGGAGAGAAUCGGAGGUGGAAGUCGAGCGCUUCUCCAGUCUUCACUUUCCUUCUCCGUAGCCGCAGAGAUCACGUAAUGGAAAGCGGAGGCAAUUCCCUUACAUCUGGGCCAGAUGGGGUGAAGAGAAAAGUUUCCUAUUUCUAUGACCCUGAGGUUGGGAAUUAUUAUUAUGGACAGGGUCACCCGAUGAAGCCACAUAGGAUUCGAAUGACACAUGCUCUCUUAGCCCACUAUGGAUUGCUUCAACAUAUGCAGGUCCUGAAGCCCACUCCUGCCAGAGAUAGGGAUCUUUGCAAGUUCCAUGCUGAUGAUUAUGUCAACUUUCUGAGGGCCAUAACCCCGGAAACACAGCAAGAUCAACUGAGGCAGCUGAAGAGGUUUAACGUUGGGGAAGACUGCCCCGUAUUUGAUGGUCUUUACUCAUUCUGUCAGACUUAUGCCGGGGGUUCAGUUGCUGGUGCUCUCAAAUUGAACCAAGGAGGUUGUGAUAUUGCAAUUAACUGGGCUGGUGGGCUGCACCAUGCCAAAAAGUGUGAGGCUUCUGGAUUUUGCUACGUGAACGAUAUUGUAUUGGCAAUUCUAGAGCUUCUCAAAGUACAUGAGCGUGUUUUAUAUGUGGACAUUGAUAUCCACCAUGGCGACGGUGUAGAGGAGGCUUUUUACACAACUGAUAGAGUCAUGACUGUUUCAUUUCAUAAAUUUGGAGAUUAUUUCCCUGGUACAGGUGAUGUUCGUGACAUUGGAUAUGGUAAAGGGAAGUACUAUUCUCUCAAUGUACCCCUUGAUGAUGGUAUUGAUGAUGAGAGCUACCAAUCAUUGUUUAAGCCAAUAAUAGGGAAAGUGAUGGAAGUUUUCAGGCCUGGUGCUGUGAUCCUACAGUGUGGUGCAGACUCUUUGUCAGGUGAUAGAUUAGGGUGUUUCAAUCUAUCUAUUAAGGGUCACGCAGAGUGUCUUAGAUUUAUGAGAUCUUUCAAUGUUCCUCUUCUAUUGGUGGGUGGAGGUGGUUAUACAAUACGAAAUGUCGCUCGUUGCUGGUGUUAUGAGACGGGUGUUGCACUUGGGAUCGAACUUGAUGAUAAGAUGCCACAACAUGAAUAUUAUGAGUACUUUGGUCCAGACUAUACUCUUCAUGUGGCUCCAAGUAACAUGGAAAAUAAAAACUCUCGCCAGCUAUUGGAAGAGAUAAGAGCAAAACUUCUUGAUAAUCUAUCAAAGCUGCAACAUGCUCCAAGUGUCCAGUUCCAAGACCGACCACCUGAUACAGAGCUUCCAGAGGCGGAUGAAGAUCAAAAUGAUGGAGAUAAAAGAUGGGAACCUGAUUCUGACAUGGAGUCUGAUGAUGACCGUAAGCCUUUGCCAAGUCGAGUGAAGAGAGAAUAUAUCGAACCCGAAUGUAAAGAUCCAGUAUCAAAUAUGAUGGCAAUAGAUGAGCCAUGCAUCAAAGUGGAGCAGAAUGACUCAAACAAACCAUCUGAACAACAUACUGAGAUGAACUUAUAAGCAGAGGUUGCCCAACAUCCCAACAUACAAUAUAUGUCCACUUGUACUUUUAGUGGAUUUACUUGCAGCAUUGCUGUAUUGCUUUUAAUAAUUCAUAUGGUCCUCGGAAGCAUGAGCCCUUAGUUCUCCCCAAUCUUUGUGCAUAUCUCAGCGAUUGUAAAAAUUGACUGCCAGCAGUGUGCUAUAGCAGUUUUGGAUAGUAUUUUGGUUAAACUUUAAAUAGAUAAAGAUAGGUCAUGAUAUCGUUGAUGGUAAGAGUUGCUUCAUAUGACGAAUUCUAGAAGUUGAGACUUGGGAGGGAAUACCGAAUACCCACUUUUUCAGUUCUCUCUA